AUGGUUUCUGCCCAGAAGAAGAAGGAGACGGCGACAGCGAUGUGGCCCGCGUCUAUUCGGACCCUCCUCUACUUUUUGUGUUUGGCGACUUGUGUGAAGAAAAUCUCUGGACAGACAAAAAAGGAUGAACGGAUCUAUCCGGAGAAUUUUACUCGCAUUCUGGACCGACUUCUGGACGGCUAUGACAACAGGCUGCGACCGGGAUUCGGGGGACCUGUGACGGAGGUCAAGACGGACAUUUAUGUGACCAGUUUUGGGCCGGUCUCAGAUGUUGAAAUGGAGUACACAAUGGACGUGUUCUUUCGGCAGACGUGGGUGGACCGGAGACUGAUGUACGAGGGACCCAUAGAGAUUCUGCGGCUGAACAACCUGAUGGUGACCAAAGUGUGGACGCCGGACACCUUCUUCAGGAACGGCAAGAAGUCUGUGGCUCACAACAUGACGGCCCCCAACAAGCUGUUCCGCAUCAUGAAGAAUGGCACCAUCCUGUACACCAUGAGGUUGACCAUCAGUGCCCAGUGUCCCAUGAAGCUUGUGAACUUCCCCAUGGAUGGACAUGCGUGCCCCCUCAAGUUUGGAAGCUAUGCCUAUCCAAAAACAGAGAUCAUUUACACGUGGACCAAAGGGCCUCAGCAUUCAGUGGAGGUCCCUCCUGAGUCCUCCAGCCUCGUUCAGUAUGAUCUCAUCGGACAGACGGUCUCCAGCGAAACGAUCAAAUCCAUCACAGGUGAAUAUGUGGUGAUGACGGUCUACUUUCACUUGAAACGUAAAAUGGGCUACUUCAUGAUUCAGACGUAUAUCCCCUGCAUAAUGACAGUCAUCCUCUCCCAAGUGUCCUUCUGGAUAAAUAAGGAAUCGGUCCCGGCACGCACAGUCUUCGGCAUCACCACCGUCCUCACCAUGACAACACUCAGUAUCAGCGCCCGCCACUCCCUUCCCAAGGUCUCCUACGCCACCGCCAUGGACUGGUUCAUCGCCGUCUGCUUCGCCUUCGUCUUCUCCGCCCUCAUCGAGUUUGCCGCCGUGAACUACUUCACCAACGCGCAGAUGGAGCGCGCCAAGAAGAAGCCGGCCAAGUGUCCCCCGGUGCCCCAAACCACGCCUGUCAAGGUCAAGGACACGGGGGAAGUGCUGCAGCAGAUUCCCGACAGCAACGGCAACUUGAGAAAGCGGAUGAAUUAUAUCUCCCACCAAGAGGCCAGCAGUCACCAGAGAGCCAUGUCCACCACCAACAUUUCGGGGGUUGGCCGAGCGAGAGUGCUGCGACCUUUGGCCGGCGGGGUCAACGGCAGCUCCACCCCCCUCUCGCGCUCCAGCCCCAAGUCCGAGAGCUUGCUCAGCGUGGCCUCCUCCUCGGACCAGCUGGUGAAGAGCGUGCCGCAGGCUGCGGCGUCCACGCCGGACGUGAUGGCGGCGACGCCAUGCAAGCAGAACGCCAGCUCCUCGUCCCUGCAGCAUCUGCUGGGGCCCAAGCUGGAGCGCAUCCAGAUGAUGGGGAACAAGCUGGAGCUGAAGCAGACGCCGUGCUCCCAGCCCACUACCGCCGGCAUGGGAGGAACCAGCAAAAUUGACAAGUACGCUCGGAUCCUGUUCCCCGUGUCCUUCGGGGCGUUUAACAUGGUCUACUGGGUGGUUUACCUAUCAAAGGACACGAUGGUGGCUACAGGUGGCUAG